AUGAUCGUCUCAAAGCCCACCAUCAUCUUCCAUGCGUCCCAGAUCUUCUUCAACUUCAUUGCAAUGUGCUGUUUUGCAAGCGUCGCGAGCUUUCAGGCGAAAUGGAAGGUCGGCCCAUCGGGCCUAACGGGAUUCGCGCUAUUCGUCGCCAUCUCUGGCAUGUUCCUGUCCGCAUUCAUGCUUGCCAUACCUGUCGCCUACGAGAGAUACGACAAGUUUGUCCGUCUGGCCCGCGCCCUAAAGGAGGUCCGAGUGGGGUUCAUCCUCACUGGCACAGGGGUCACGUUCAGUCUCCUAAUCUCCUUCAUCGUGACGAUCUCUGCAUGGACCCAGCCAGGCUGUAAAAACGCCGAUAACGACCCCCACGCCGAAGAGCUGGGCGACGACUUUAAGAACGGCCUUGGGGGCUGGUGCAGCACGAAGAAAGCAGGCGCGAUCUUCUUCUGGCUCGCCUUUGUUUUCUGGGCAGCAUCACUCGUCGUGCUUGUCCUCGAAUGGCGGUCCGGCAAGCUCCACGGGCCAAGAGACCCCCCGUUCCAGCGCCCAGUACAAGACGAGGAAGAACCAGAGGAGAAUGAGGAUGCGGGGUACGUCCAGGUGCCCCGGCCCACCAACACCAACAACAACUAUAACAACACGGAUGCGUCUGCACCGAGCAACGGCCGGUACGACAACGACGCGGACGUCGAGCAGUCGCCCUUCGCCGACCAGCACCGGUACACGGGCCCCUCUGCGUACACCCCCGCCCUCAACGCCCCGGCCGCCGGACGGCCCAGCAUGGACGCUUACGGCGCGUUCUCUGACCCCGCCCCGAGCGGGUUUGGCUCGUCCACGUACGGCGCGCCGGGCGGGUACGCCACGCCGCCACCUGGGAGGAGCAAUGCGGGUCCGCCGCUCAUCCCUGAGCCGGACCUUGGGGGCCCGAUGGUUAGUAGGACGAUGCAGUAUGCGGACCCGUAUGCGGCCGUGAGGGCGUCGAUCGCUGGAGGAGGAACCCAGUCGCCGCCUACGUAUGAGAGCUACCAGGGAUACCGGUAG